AUGCCUACCGCCGACACCGUUCCGAGGAAGAAGUGGUGGAAGAUUCAAUGGUACUCUGACGAUGACACGCCCGAGGAGCGCAAGCUCAUUGUCAAGCUUGACAUGAUUGUUGUUCCUUAUGCGGUCUUAAGCUACUGGGUCAAGUACAUCGAUCAGGCGAACCUGAACAAUGCCUAUGUUGGAGGCAUGAAAGAGGAGCUCGGGUUCCAAGGCAACGAGUUGGUUGAGCUACAGACCAUGUACACCGUCGGCGCUGUUGUCGGCAUGGUGCCUUUCAUGUUUCUCUUCACCUACGUUCCUAUGUACUGGACGAUUCCGGCGAUGGACAUUCUGUGGGGUCUUUUUACGCUUCUCCAAUACCGUGGACAGACCUUUGGAGAAAUGGCUGCUUACAGAUUCAUGGUUGGCUUCUUCGAGGCUGCAUUCUUCCCGGCUAUGCAUUAUGUCUUUGGCUCGUGGUACCGCGGCCAUGAAAUCGCUCGCAGGGGUGGCAUAUUCUACACAGGACUCAAUCUCGGAACACUAACGGCUGGCUUGAUCGCCGCCGGCGCAACGCGUCGCUUGGAAGGCGUCCAUGGCAUGGCUGGGUGGCGGUGGAUGUACAUCAUCUGCGCCAUCAUCACCAUUCCCGUGGGAAUCCUCGGCUAUUUUCUCCUCCCCGGCACCGUCGACCAGCCGAAUCGCUGGGUUUUGAACGACCAUGAUAUCAAGGUGGCUAAGGCCCGACUCGAAAGAGGUGGCCAUGUUACGCGUGGCAAGUUCAAGCUGGGGCACAUCAAAAAGAUCUUCCUCAGCCCGCAAUUCUGGACCGUCGUCCUCGUCGAUGUGCUGUUUUGGAAUGCCGGUAUUCACAAGAGCACUGGCAGCUUCCUUCUGUGGAUCAAGAGCUUGGGCCGCUACACCUCGGCAGAAGUCAAUGAGAUGGGGACUAUCGCUCCUGCCCUUGGCAUCCUUUACAACAUCGUGGCAUGCUUCCUGUCUGAUCUGGUGCUGGGGCCGGCGUGGGCUAUUACGUUCUCAUCGUUGUGGAACGUCACGGGGCUGAUAAUCUUGGUCAUUUGGGAUGCGCCCGAAAGCGCUAAAUGGUUUGCGUUCGCCACAAUGUAUUGGUCCAACGCACUUUCCAGUGUGUUACACGGCUGGGUCAACACCAUCCUCCGAGACUCUCCCGAACAGCGGUCUUUCACGCUCGUGAUGAUUACCAUCAUCGCACAGUCUUCAACUGCUUGGACGCCUCUUCUUACCUUCCCUACCGUUGAGUCCCCACGAUACCCAAAGGGUUUCUCGUUCUGUCUGGGGUGCGCCAUAUCACUCAUCAUCGCCACCCACAUUUUGGACGUUUACAUCAAACGCAAAGAGUGA